AAGACUUUCCAUCCCCUACUCUCUCUCAUCAAAGCCUUUUCUUCCUCCUAGCCACUUGGUCUUUCUAUUUAUCUCUGCUCUCGCUUCUCUCUCUUUCUCUCUCUUACAAUUUACUUUUGCUGUUCUUCUCUGUCAUGGCUAUGGCUGACCAAACACCUUCAAAGCGCCAAAGGGAAGAAACCCUAGCAGACGACUGCGAGGACCCUAAGCGCCACAAGUCUUACAACCACAUACUCUCUCUUCUCGAUGAAGAAGAAGAGGAACCCUCACAAGACUUGUCCUCCAUUAUCACAACCCUUCAGCAAGAGCUCUCCUCUGACUCUGCCUCUGAGCCUCUCACUGCAUUUCCAAACUCCGACGCAGACCAAGAAAUUAACCAGUCCUCAGCUUCCACAGCUGCUACAGCCUUUGAAGGAUAUGCCUCCUCUUCCUCUGGCUCUUCUUCACCUUCUUCUUCGAAUACAAACUCAGGGUUUUUGAAGGAAGGGGAUGAGCAAGAAGAUGACGGCGAGAGGGUCAUGAGACACCUUCUUGAAGCUUCUGAUGAUGAGCUGGGGAUUCCCCAGAGAGAGGAACUUAGUGGGUUCGAUGAUGCAGAAGAUGCUGGGUUUAACGGGCUGAUGUUGGAUGGGUUUUCUUUUGGUGAUGGGUUAUGGGAGCUUGAAGAUGAAGCUGCCAACUACUACACCCUGGUGCAAUCUGAACUGUUCAUGUAGUUCAUUGUGAAGGGUGUGGUGGGAAGGUGCAAAAUUGGAAAGAAAAAUAUAUCUUUAGGGGAGUUUGGUUGUAUGGGCAAAUGUUUAAGAAGUAAAGAGGGACAAGAUAGUAAAAAUGGAGAGAAUUUUAAAUUUUCAUUUUGGUCCCUCGUCUUUUGUAAAAAUAUCAUCAAGUGUCCUCUGCCAACUAUUUAGAAGAAGAUUAACUUGUAGAAGAAAACAGAUUCAAAUUCUAUGACAUUAUUUACCAUCAA